CUCCUGCCUGCGCAGACCUGCACAGAUCAAGUGUACGACGCGCUGCUCAUUUGACCUUCGCUUCUUUCAAUUCACUUUCAUUUGCUUUCUGAAAGAAAAAAAUCGGAUCUUUCGGACAUCAUAUUCAAGAACUAGUUUGGAUUAUAGAGUUUUUGAAGAGAGUUUUGGUCUUGAUAAUGAGUGCUGUGGGGGGCACUGAGGGCCUGUUUAUGUCCGCUUUACAGCCCAGCACAUCGGUCACCACAUAUGCGGUCCCGUCCGAUGACCAGCUGGCGGGGGACCGACUCUCCAAAGUGAAGCGGGUCCAGCAGCAGGUCCAGCAGCGCAUGGCGGAGAAAGCAACGUUAUCCCGACAGAGCACGUCUCACUUUACCUCAACAGAAUUGAAUGGCUCACCCACCUCAAGAUACCAAACAAAAGGCCAAGGAUUCAGUUCCAAGUCUCUUGUCUACAAUGGCAACAGAACAAUAGCAACCCCCCGGGUGUCUCAAUAUGCGGAGGAUUUCUCCUCUCGCUCUGCAGUAGAAAUGGGAACUCGGCACAGAAUCAGCCACGGCACACCCGUGCCCGCUGUAGUCGGCCGUCCGUACAUGUCACAAGACAACGCACAUCCAGGUGGCUCUUACGCCAGUCAGAUGCACACAAUGGAGUCCAGAACAAUGAAUCGAACUGAACAUGAAGCAGCAUUAAUGGGUGGGCAUACACUGCAAAGACAACCAUCUCCUGUAGGCACCUGGGUGCAAUCCUAUGUCCGGAGCUCCUCGCCUAAAACAGUGCACAGGCAAAGGAACCUAAGUGAGACCAUGGCACAGGAAGGUUUAAGCAGAGGAUGGGGAGAAUCAGAGUUUGCUCAUCAAUAUUCAUAUAAAGGCCCCUCCCACCGUACCAUCAACCGCAUAAAUAACCGGCAGGUGCAGCAACAACCACAGAGAUUGAGUGGCAACUCUAUGCAAUGGCAUCAGAUGUCCACAGGGGGCAGCACUAUGAUGGGUGCAGGGCAAUACCAGGGUACCAUAAAGAGAGCAGGGUCUGUGCAUAGCAUGAAGAGUGUUGGUCGGGGGGUGGAUGUGUGUGACGCAAUGGCAGAUGGAAUGACAGAUACUCUUGGCGGAAUCCAUAACCUAGACAUGACCACGGCAGUUAGCUAUAUCACUUCGACAGAUGUUUCCAUGCAGAUGUUGGGAGCAGCUUAUAUACAGCAUCAGUGUUACCACAGCAAUGAAGCCAAAAACAUGGUGCGCAAUCUGAAGGGAAUCCCUGCAUUAGUUCAGCUGUUUAGCAGUGAGAACCAGGAAGUUCAGCGCUACGCCACAGGAGCUACACGUAACCUCAUCUACGAAAGCAUGAACAAUAAGACCGUACUUAUUGAAUCCGGUGGAAUUAGCAAAUUAAUUGGUGCUUUAAGAGAACCAGAUGAUGAACUACGCAAAAAUAUCACAGGUAUCUUAUGGAACUUAUCUUCCAAAGACAGUCUGAAAGAAAGGCUGGCCAGAGAGAGUUUGUCUGAGCUUACGGAGCGUGUGCUGAUUCCUCUGUCUGGAGGUGGAGAUGCUGGAGUCAUUCAGCAGAGCAUGUCUGAGGCCGAUAUAUUUUACAACACCACAGGCUGCCUCAGGAACCUGAGUUCAGUGAAUGAAAGAACCAGACAGCAGAUGCGAGAAACACGUGGGCUGGUCGACUCUUUGGUUGGAUACAUUCGCAACUCCUUAGAGGAAGGGAAUACAGAGGACAAGGGUGUAGAGAACUGUGUAUGUGUUCUGCGUAAUCUGUCCUAUCAGCUGUACACUGAGAUCCCGGCCUCAGUUCAGAUGCGUCUGGAAGGCCCCAACCGAGCACAGAACACACAGCACGGCGACCCCAUAAGCUGCUUCACCCCACAAAGCAAGAAGGCAAAAGAUCAGAUGAAUCAAGAUCUCUCCACCUUCUCUGAAGUUGCACGAGUCCCUAAAGGAGCAGAGUGGUUGUGGCAUCCUCAGAUAGUCGCUCUGUACAGCCGUAUCCUGCAUGUCUGCGAGACAAACACAUGCACGCGCGAGGGUGCGGCAGGAGCUCUGCAGAACAUCACAGCGGGGGAAUCAAGGUGGGCCACUGUUUUGAGUCGUGUGGCGCUGGAACACGAGCGGAUGUUGCCAGUGAUUCUCGACCAGUUACGAAAUCCCACAGACGCUGAGUUUCGAUCUCUCACAGGUCUUCUAAGGAACCUCUCAAGACACUGCAAAAACAAGGCUGAUAUGGCUACCAAAGUGGUGAAUAUUCUGGUGAACAAACUCCCCAGUGAUGGCCAUCAGAAGGAACCUUCUAGCGAUGUGGUGGUCAAUAUCUGUGGGAUUCUCAAUAAUCUGGUUACAGAAACUUCUGUAGCUGCAAGAGAUAUCACUUGCUUUGAUGGACUGCCCAAGCUGGUCAGCAUUAAGACAUCCCAUGACAACAGUCCUGGGAAGCUAAGGGCAGCCAGGGCUGCAUCCACUCUUCUGUGCAACAUGUUUCAGUACAGCAAGCUCCACAGAGACUACAAACAGAAAGGAUUCACAAGAAGAGAUUUCAAAGAUACAGCCGUUUAACCUAAUCUGUGUAUAUGACUAAAUACUAAACUCAAUGGAUAAGAUGGCAAUAAACAUCUGAAGGAUUGCACCGGCCUUUACCACCAAAGUCACAAAGAGGAUGCAACCAGACCCUCUCUCAAACACACACACUGAAGCAGUGAAAAAGUGAACUCCAGAGUUUUUACUCUAUAAAUUUUCCCAGUUGGCAACACCCUAAAGUAUUAUGACAUGGCAAAGAUGUAGAAUGCUUGCAGAGCACUAAGCCUCUCAGCAGGCCAAGAUGUUUGUGUGUUAGCGUGUGUGUGUGUGUGUGUGUGUGUGUGUGUGUGUGUGUGUGUGUGUGUGUGUGUGUGUGUGUGUGUGUGUGUGUGUGUGUGUGUGUGUGUGUGUGUGUGUGUGUGUGUGUGUGUGUUAAAAUUUAUUUUAUUUUAUAAACCUAAAGCCUGACUGGAUGAAGGCAACAGGCAUGAAAUAUUAAUUUCUGUGAGUCACAUUUCAUAAUGCAUAAAACCAAUUCUCUCACCAAGACCUGCUAUUUUAGAUAGGAAGGUGCAUCGGCCUUAUCCUGAAUAUAUGUUGCAUACAAAGAAUAAUAGUUUAAAUGCAAUCAUGAGGCUUUAAAUUGCGAAAUGCUAGAGAUGCAAAUUAAACUGAAAUAGCUGUAGUUGCUUAACCAAAACAGAUUUGCUGGUUUAUCAAUUUUUGUGAUUUUUACUUCUCAUGUAACACACCUGCAGGCUUUUGUGGUUAUUGAAGUACUAAAAGAGGUUCUGAAUGACAUUAAACUUCACCUGAAAUAAACCUUUGGAGCUAAAUAUAAAGUUUUACUUAGAAAGCACAAAUAUAACAGACUGCCUUAACAAAUGAAUAGAAAUAAAUAGACAUUUGCAUUAGAAGUCAGUUUAAUUCAUGACCAGUGUAUAGCAAAACCAUUAUCCGCUUUGUUGUGUGCCAGAUGUAAAGAAUGCAUUAAACUAAUGACUAGAAGUCAUUCUUUGAUAAUAUAGAAACAUUUUCUUUUUUUUUAAGUUACUAAAAUAUUGUUAACAUUUACUGGAUUCUGUGUGUAUUAAAAAUAUAAGUGUUGUGGUCUUCA